AUGGGCCAAGAACAAUCUCUUCCAAUCACAUCAUCCACCAAUUACCCUCGAGGAGGUGUCACACCACACAUCUUCAAUGCCGACCACGUCGAACUCUUGUCUCACUCUCGGAGCACUCCAAAUAUUCUUCCAUCAUCAGUGGGAGCUAGUGCGAGCAUGAUGCUCAUGGGAAAUAUAGGCAAUGCAUCGAUCGACACCAAUUCCUUUCGAUUAACUUGUCGACAAUUAUUGGAUAUUAUUAAACCAUCGAGUGGAGGAAUUUUAGAAGGUUUUACAACGACUGUGAAAAAUAUUGAAGAAAUUAUGAAAUUGUAUGACCAGAUCAUUACGAAUUAUUCCAAACAAACAACUCAGUUACAAUAUACCAUGGCUGGAAAAAAUAAUAAUAAUUUAUUGCUAGGAGCUUCAACGUCGAACUUUUCCAAUUCUGGAAAUCGACAUGCUUUUGACAUGAUGACAGAUGCCAUCAGUUCACACAUUUUAAAAACGAAGAGUCAAUUAGAAGAAUUAGUAGAAUUAAAUGAACAACAUGCAAGAAGAAGUCUCAAACGAACAAAUUCAAUGACCUCUACUACUUCUCUGUUUGCAUCCACAAAUAAUUUACAAGCUGCUGGAUACGAUUGGUCCAAUUUAGAUAACAAACAGAGAUAUUUCGAAAUUAAAGAUGAAAUUGAAAUUUUAACAAGUCAUCAUUUGGAAGAAAUUGAAGCAUUUAAACAAUUAGCAUCGGUGAUUCAUAACGCUGAAUUACAAGGUCUCGAUUAUUCUCAUCCCUUGACACAAGCUCAACUGGAUAUUACCCAUGUACUCGAUGAAUUUGGAGCAGAAUAUUGGAAAACUAAUUUUGGAGGAAAUGUCUUCUCGGUCGAUAAGGAAUGUUUUCUGGACGUGUUGGAUACCUAUUUUCAAGAUUUGAGAAAUCGAAAAACUUGGGUUGAAGAAAUUAAUGACAUUAUUGAUCCUACGCAUGAUUCGAUUGUUUCUAUUAUUGAUUUUAGAACAGUGCUCAAAUGGUUUGGACCAUUUACGAGUUUCUUUUUUAAUCCAAUUGAUGCGUUUUUACAAAUGAAACAUUUUUGGGGAAGUUUGACAUCGAUUGAAGCUCAGGAAUUACUUGACAAGUGUGAACCUGGAACAUUUAUUGUAAGAUUUUGUGAAACAGAACCAGGCUCGUUUUAUGCAUCAGUCGUUGAAGAUAAUGGAGACAAUUUUGGAUAUUUUGACAGUUUACUGACAAGUGGCAACAAACAAACGUUUCAUUACUUGGUAAGAAGAAAAAAAGAUGAAAGAGAAGGAAAAAUGUAUUUUGUACUCAUUGAUUCCGAUAUGGAAUACAAACACGAGAAUAUUGACAGCCUCUUCAAACAAUAUCAUUUGACUUUUAGAAUUCCAUAUCAAGACGAUUCAAAAAAGGAAGAAAUUGCCAAAACGAAAAAGGGUGAAGACGAAUUGGAUUUUGUGGCCUUUAUGAAAACACAAAAAACCAAAAUUAAUAUGCAAGAUGAUGACGACGAUGAUGAUGGAGGAUUUACAACAUUUAAGGGAAGAAUUCCAAGUAAGAAGAAACAAACAGCAAGUUCUUCCUCUGCUGCAUCCAAGAUUAAUUUAUUGACACCUUCGAUUAGUAUUACUUCGAAAACGACAAGUGCAGUAGCUACUGCUGCUACAACAAAUUCUGACAAGCCAUCAUUGAAAACAGACGCGUUUCCAAAUGUCACAGCAAGUGUCUCCUCAACAGAUUCUCAAAAUGUGGAUAGUAAGAAGCCAUUGAGCAAAUUGUUGGUCAACGUUGCAAAAGUUCAUGAGGAUCAACAAGUGGAUUCAGCCACUCUAGUGACUGUGAGUCCAGUACCAAUUCAAAGCACUUCCUCUGUGGAUCGAUUGUUGCAGGAUAAUUCAAAUUCUGAACAGUAA